GUUUGACAUGUAGGUUGUCUAAUAACUUUCUCCAGCAAUGGGCAUCAGUUGAUUGAGUUCUUGUGAAACAACCUGGACUUAUUUAUUUACUGAUCCUUCCAGCCAGUGAACUGGAUUCGAGGCCAUUGGACGCCCACUCUGAACUGCCAAUGGAUAAAGCUUCAGUUGUAAGAACAAAACCUCUACCUCAGGAUCCAUCCAGCUGCUUUCAAAAUGAGACCUCACCCUUCAGACGUACUAUACAUCCCCCAACCCUGGGCCCUACCCCACCUCCUCCGCCACCCUUACCACCUCCACCACCCCCACCACCCUCACCUAUGGAGGACCCCUUCACAAGGACUGUCCACCGGCGCUCCAAAAUGCGCAACUUCAACUGGGAAGCCAUCCCCAGGCACAGCGUGUUGGGUAAGCGCAAUGUGUGGACGGCCCAGCGCAACCUCGAGAACUUUGAGCUGGACACUAAGCGCAUGGAGGAGCUUUUCAGCCGCAACGAGCACCACGGUAUCGUCCGGAAGGGUGGGACAGUCAGAAAAAGUGUGUGGGGAAUUUCGCAAACCAUCAAAGUAUCAGAGAAUGUCCCAAUCCUCAACUCAAAGAAAAGUAUGAAUAUUGGGAUUUUGCUAAAGCAGUUUAAAAGGCCGACAAAGGACAUUGUGGAAGCCAUCAAGCAUGGUAACCUGUGCUUUGCCUCUGGGAAACUGAGGGAGCUCAGUAAACUGCUGCCUGAUGACAUGGAGUCAAAGAAGCUGAUGUCAUUCAAUGGGGAUUUAUCACAGUUAAAUGAUGCUGACCGUUUCAUGGUGAUGCUGGUUCAAGUGCCAGGGUAUAAAUUGAGAUUAAAUAGCCUACUUCUCAGAGAGGAAUUUUUCCCCUUUAUAGAGGAAAUCAAACACUCCAUCGCUGUCAUGACAACAGCUGCUAAUGAGUUGCUGGCAUGUGAUGGCUUGCAUUCAAUCAUCAGACUGGUGCUAAAGGCUGGUAACUACAUGAAUGCUGGUGGCUACGCAGGCAGUGCUAUCGGCUUCAGGAUGGCAUCAUUGCUCAAACUGGUGGACACCAAAGCAAAUAAACCUGGAAUGAACCUUAUGCAUUAUGUAGCUAUGCAAGCCCAACAGAUUGAUGAAGCUUUGCUGCGGUUCCCUGAACAGCUUCAACACAUUGGGAUUGCUGCAAGGAUCCAAAAACAGGAGGUGGAGAUGGACCUUCAAAGGGAAUUUGACAAAAUUAGGGAAGCAAAGAUGGAUGCCAGUAAACAGCUAGCUCUACAACAUCAGAUGGAAGCAUUUCUUUGUAUGGCAGACAUGCGGCUUUCGGAUGUGGAAGCCUCCCUUCAGGAACUUGAUGUCAUUGGUAACUCUGUAGCAGACUACUUCUGUGAAGACCCUGCCACAUUUAAACUAGAGGAGUGCUGCUCAAUCUUUCAUUCCUUCUGUGAGAGGUUUGAAAGAGCUGUACAGGAGAAUCAGGAGCGAGAGGCUGCUGAGAAGCGCAAGCGACUACAGCAAGACAGGGAGAAGCUUACCAGAUCAGUUAAACGUCGAUCCACCGGCACUAUCUCUGAUCAGAAUGUGACUGAUGAUACUUCUGCUCUAGAAUCUGUCCUGACAAGCUUCCUUAGCCAACUUCGUCCUCGCAGGAGACCUGGUGGUUUCACACCAGUACUGAACUGCCCCUUAGAGUUCACCAAGAACAACAGUCCUAAGGUUGAGGAGCAUAAGGUGAGGGUGGAUCUGGACAGCCCUGCAGAACCUAAGGAGGUGCAAACCAAUAUCUGUGAUUCAGGAAGUUCAAGGGUACGAGAAUUAGAGGAUGGCUGCAAGACAGAGGAGGUUGCACUUUGUGACGUCAGUGAUGUUCAGCGGGCACGUGCUGCAUCUAAGAGAGGACAGUGCGUUGAUGACAAUCUAAUUCUUGAAAGCAGUGACUGCAAGGAAGGUAGGUGCACAAAAACCUCAAUCAGACAAAUUUUUGUGAAUUCUGAGGAUAAGGGAGAGGUGAAGGAGAUUGAAGACAUGGUUAAAGGAGCGGUGAAUAAAAAAGUUGAUGAGGAAGAAGUGGAGAAAAGAGAGGGGGGAGACAAAAUGCCCGAGCUCUCCAGGAUGGUCUUCCGCUUCAAGGACUGCUGUGGAGGCCUGAAUGGAAAUGCUACACCUGAUUGUUCCAGAUUUUCUGGUGUCUGCAUCUCCACUCCUCAAAAGAGGGAUGUUAGAGAUGUGGAUCUGGCCUUGCAGAACGGACUUGGAGGUCUGGGAUCACCAUGGACCAUUCUCAGCUCCCAAAUUUCUCCCCACAACACACCCAACCGCAGACACUCCUUCUCAUUCUCAAGGGUUGAUAUCCUUGAUGAUGGGGUUUGGACUUUACCUCACACUCCUGUAUGCAGUAAGACCCCACAUUUGGCACAUGUUGACAAGAUGAACACUUCAGAAAACCUGUCCUCUUCUCUGGUAAAACAGAAGGCAGGAGUGGGGACUUCUUCCUCGCUACCAGACUGUUCAUCAAAGCGAACCCCAGCUCAGGGGACAUUUGUGAGGUCUGUCUCACUUACUGAUGAAAAAGAACCACCAGCCAACUUCAAGUUGGGACAGCUCUUUCAGAGACGUACAGGAGAGGAUCUUCCUCUGCAUAAACGACCUCCGGAAACCUCUGCACUUGUAUCUUUCUUUCAACGCUUCGGGGAUCGAAACAGGGCCGGAACUGUUGGUUAAGAAGAAGCAACAUUUCCUUUUAAGGAAAUGUAUUUGUUUCAUACUUUAACAGAUUUAGGGAAUGCUCUUUUAUUUAUACUCUGCUCUGCCAUUGCAAAGACUUCUUUUGAUUUCCUCUUAAAGGAUAUGAUGAAUGCUGACAAAUGGGAACUUGUCUCGUAACACUCUUGAUAUCUUUUGGGUUCAUAUGCAAAGUUACAUGAUAAUUGCAGGCAGAUGUCAUCAUUUUAUUGUAUUUUUUACUUAAAAAGUGAUUUUUUUUUUCCUAACAAGCAGAUUUUAUUGGUUUACAAUAUUCACAUUUUAUUUUUGUUCCUUGUCUUUAAAGUCUGUCUUAUAUUUUUAUGAAAUAAUAAAGUGUGGAUUCCACCUUAAAACCCCUGUUUAUCUACUCCCAAUAUAUUGUUACCAAACUUGAAUACCUUUUGUUUUUGUUCCAUUUAUUCUUUUUGGCUGAUAUGAGGUUAGCAAUGAAUGAUAAAGCACCUUUCCUCUGUUUAUCUGGCCAAGCAAAGCUGCCCUUGACAGAAUAAUGUUGAUGUCACCAUUUAGCCAUAUCUUGUUCACUGCCUGGCAACAAA